UACACUUUCUAACAAAUCCCUUUAUGGUACAACUAAAAAUUGUACCUAUACUAAUGGUACAACCUUAAGUUGUACCUACACUUUCUCAAAAUUCUUUAAUGGUACAACCCAAACUUGUACCUAUACCAUGGUACAACUUUAAUUUGUACCUACACUUUCUAAAAAUCCUUCUAUGGUACAACCCAAACUUGUACCUAACUACACUUUCUAACAAAUCCCUUUAUGGUACAACUAAAAAUUGUACCUAUACUAAUGGUACAACCUUAAGUUGUACCUACACUUUCUCAAAAUUCUUUUAUGGUACAACCCAAACUUGUACCUAUACCAUGGUACAACUUUAAGUUGUACCUACACUUUCUAACAAAUCCCUUUAUAGUACAACUCAAAAUUGUACCUAUACUAAUGGUACAACUUUAAGUUGUACCUACACUUUGUGAAACAAAUUCUUCAAUGGUACAGCUGAAACUUGUACCUAUACGAUAUGGUACAACUCUAAUUUGUACCUACACUUGUAUACAUUGAUUCAUUAUUUACAAGAUUGCCAUUAAUGAUGUGGGACCAGUCAUUUAGUGGGUUUACCUCCUCAACAGGUCGCCUGUUUUUUUUGUUUUUUAUAGCAUGGGUGCUAUAGAGCACACUAGAAGGGCUCAUAUAUACACUUGUAUGUAAUUUUUCUUUUAUUAUGUUAGCUGUGGUGGGAGAAAUUAGAGCCGACUGUAGCACGGGAACAGAAUGAAAAUACGCGCAUUCAAGUUGUUACAUGAGUGAAUAGUGAUAUAUAGAAGGUCUCUUUUCAAUUCGAUUGAAGAGACCAUUGUAAUAUUGUAGUGUGGAGAAAAGGUGGUGAUGAUUAGAGAAAAUUAGAGAAGAAACUUGUAUUAUGUAUGAAUUGUGUUUUAUAUUCGCAUUUGGUGCACCAUUAAUUUUUUUUAUAUAUAUAUUUUGAAACGAAAAUGAACGUCAUUAUUUUCAAAGACAUGUUAAAAGGGGGAGAUUACCUAUUUAUUUGUUAGUAUGCAACAUAAUAUUCAUAGUUUGAACUUCUCCCAACAACUUGAGCAAUGAGGACCGACGGUUUCUUGAUAUGGUAUCAUGGCCUUUUAUGAUCGAGAGAUCUUAUUUUUGAAUUUUGAUGACGCCAGUUUGUAAAGUAUUAUAUAAUUUGAUGUUUGUGCAAAUUUCAAACUCGUGUAAGAAUUUGAGUUUAAUAAAAAUAUAUGAUUGGAGUGGAUAUUGGUGGUACUAUGGGAGAGAGUCGGUCCAUUGGAAGAAAUAACUAGGAAAAGUCUUAUUUAGAGCUCUCAAUAAAUUUUCAUAGAAGUAGGAAUGAUUUAGUAUAGUUUUAAUUUUUAGAAUUAUUCACAAAUCAAAUAUGUUCGUUUGAACUGUGUUUAUAAGAGACUUGAGUCAUAUCUUAAGAUUGUUGUGCAAAGGAAUCAAAUCAAAGUGUAUUAAGCAUGUGUUGGAUUUGGCUCUUCGCGUGGCUGGGAGGCGGGACUAACCAGAAUACACCAUAUGGACAUAUAUAUAUAUAUAUAUAUAUAUAUUAAUUGAAAGAAGAAACCCACUAAGGGGCCGGUAUUGUGCACUCAGAUACACAUUACUGUACAUACAGACUCAUGUGUACUGUUUCAACUUGGAUUGGACUGGGGUGUUUGCGGGUGCAGGAUGGUCACUCAUUGGGUCCUGAUGGGAUUUGCUUGGUUUAGUUGUGUUUUUACCAUAGUUUGUCUUCGUUGAAGUUUGGUCACUUGGAUCCUCUCCAUCCCACUCACCCGAGUUGAUCACAUGGCAAAUAUUUGCCCCUUCGAGUUCUAGGACUAGAGAGGCAGAGACUGCUAUUUUGGGUUUCACUUUUUGCUUGAGAUGACCGUUGAUGGGAGGGGGUUGGAGUUAACGCAUGGAAGCAGUGAGGCCACGUUGGAGAGAGGGAAGCUGGGGCGAGUCUGCACUCUGCAACUUCCUUGGUUGUAAGCAAGGCCACGUUGCCGCCUCGAUUCUUGGAGCUCAGGCCAGGAAAAAGCAAACACAGAUAAACUCUUUCCUACUCCGCUACUCCCAAUUUUUUCCUGACACCAGCUCACAAUCCCAUGCCGUUCUAUUUUCUACACUCUUCUUUUCUAUUUCAAUAACAACCCCAAUUUCCUCACUCUCUCUCUCUGCGUCUUUCUCCCCUUCUCCUAAAGAUGCUUGCUCGGGAUAUUGUCUGUUCGUCUUCUGGGAUUAUAGACAUCAGCCUGCGGAUCUCGAAUCCUGCGCUCAUCCUUUCUGCCCUGGGCUUGAUCCUCGACUGUGGAAGACCAUCGAGACGAAGAAGACGAUCUAAAGGUACGUAUCUGAACCGGGUUUGAGGAAUCCCUCUGUUACCGUUCUUCUUGCCUUUGGUGUGUGUAUUUAACUCUUUUUCUUCUCUGUUUACCAGAUAGUGUGGUUGAUUACAAUGGAUGUUUGGAAAGAAUGGAAUCCAUUCUAUGGAAUCGUUGGCGCGAUACGGCUAAGGAAGUAAUUCUUUCUCAUUGUGCUUUAAUAUUUCUUGAGCCAGUAUUAUCGAGAGACAACCGAUCUUUGUUGGGUUUUGCUAUGUUCUACUAUUAAUGGAUCUUAAUGUUGUGAGCUUGCGUACAUGUAUGUUUGUUUGAUGGACGAUGCGAUGAAAGGAGUUAGCUUGGAUUUGACAGAUGAUUAUUGGUAAGUGAUGUGUCAAUUAACCUCUCAUGCAUAGUAUUUUUUCCAGUAUGCAUACAUCCUUCCAUUGCGAAGAAGCCGAUCUAGAGCUCUAGAUCGGAUUCCGGUUCCUGAAAUCCCUUAAUGACCAAGAAUCCAUUAUGUUAAUCAUCUUUUUUUUUUUACUUGAAAGAGAGUAUCUCACUAUCCACCUUUUUCCAGAUAUGUCGCGGCGACGACGGGUGAUCAGGUCUCAAACAACCUAGCUUACGGGUGGUCUAUGCGAGCGAGGGGAAAAGAUAGAACCCUCAGUGAGCGAACACCCCCAACCAGGAGCCAAAUCAGUGGUCCAAUGCAACAAAGUCCCUACCGUGUCAACGAAGCUUCUUUUCCAGAACCACGAGAAGAUUUGUUAGAUCUGUUGUAUUUUUUGCCGAGAAGUGUUGAGACAACGGAUUGAAAAUGGAGAUUCGACGGACAAAACAACUCCGGAAAUAAGGAUAUGCAACUAUAUGUUCCCUUUUAACUAUUGAAGUUACAUGAUUUGCAACUAUAUGUUUCCUUCAAAUAUUUCACUUAUUUGUGUGGCUGCUUUAUCAUUUGUUUUGGUACUCUGUUAUCUCUGUCAGUGGUUUCAUCGAUUGUUUGGAUGCCAGUAGUUUAAAAUCCACGAUCAUUCGUUUGUGUAGUCACCAGUUGCUGUUUUCUGAAAUUUUGCAGCUCUGAUAUAAAUAUGUGUUGGUUCCUUCUUUGGGUCACCUAACGAGAAAUUUCAUUCGUAUUUACUGUGGUUGUCUACUAAAUAUUGCAGUCUUUGGUACCCAAUAUGUUUUCAUUAGCUAUCUAUUCUUAUGCUUUCAACUUUCAAUACCCUUGCAGUGUCAGCGGAUUGAAGCUUUGGCGCUCUAUGUUACUUUCUUUCCUUCUCUUCUCCUCAGGCAUAACUGUGACAGCUAAAUCCUGUCCAAUGAGAAUGAUUUCAAUUUGUGGCAAACCUUAUUGGUGGUGCAUCUGUUUGACUUUUUAGUUUCUUUAUAUCCUUUUAGUUUGUUGUAUCCUUUAGCUUAGGUUGUUUUUUCUCCUGAGGUUAUAGUUCGGUCCCUUUAUGGUCCUGUGCCAAAAUUCUCAUGGUCAAACAGUUCCACAGGUUCUCUCAACAAUGAGCUAUGCAAAUUCUCACAACAUGGCAUGUGUAAUAAUUUGGUUUUGGCAGUGAUUGUACGUGCUGAUAGACUUCUUUGCUUCUCAUGUAAAGUUUUAAACAACUCUAGGUAACUAGAUAUGUUGUGGCCUGUAAAAUGACUUCUUUUAUAGUCAAUGGUUAGCACCUACAGUUGUCUUGCUAGAACUUUACUCAUGAAAACUUAUGCAUCAUAAUUGGAGAUACUAAAAGGUCAUCAACCUUUACCUCGUGUGCCAAUGAAAAUUAGUGGCGAAUUUGCUUAUUCAACUUAAAUUAUACUUCACUUGGAUGUGAAUUUCUUUUAAUGCUCUUUUAUAAAAUCAUCUCUUUGAAUAACUCCAUUGGUUCUAAAGUCCCAGCGCUCCGCGCGGGCAAGAAAACUAGUUAAUAUAUAUAAACCUAAAGUGAAGUUACUAUUACCUAAAUUCCCUUUAACAGCCUAUCAAGGUUGUCAACUCGCGGGUUGACCCGGACCCGGUUGACCUAGUGGGUUAAGGGUUAAUGGGUCACCCGUUUUAGCCCGGAAAUAUGGAAAGCGUCAUUAUAUUGUACUUAUCCUGAUAAAUUAUAUCAAAUCUCAUCUAACAUAUGAGUUAUAACAUAUAAUAUUACACAAAAAAUAACAUGUCGUACUUAGAUUCAACAUAUAGUGAAAAUUCACACACACUUAUAUAACAUUAAUAUUCAAAUGUUCAACUUAGGAUUCCAAAGACUAAGUUAGGCGAAAAGAAAAAUCGGAAAAUAGGCGCAUUUCACAAAACAAAGAAAAAAUGACACAAUUUGACCUCCAACCCGGUACCUUGUAGCGGUCGACCCGAUGGGUGCGUGCGGCCCGUUUUUCUCACUGGGUCAGGGUCAAAGUGGGUCGACCCGUGAGUUGACAACCUUGCAACCGACUAGUUAUUGGGCUACUAAUCCCGAGACAGGAGCUACUUAUUGGGUUAUAGCUAAAUCAGAGUUUGUGAUUCGUAAAUGAGCAUUUAUUGGGCUUCAUUUUGACUUUGUGGGCUUUUAGUAACAACUAUUUCACUAAUUAUUGGCCUCAUGGUUUCUGUCCUUUGAGCUUGGUGUGGUGGGAUUUCCUUUUUUGCCAAAUAGUUUGGUUGAAGUUUUAUGACCAAUUGACCAUGCAGAAGCAUCCCAACAUAUUUUUCUCCUUGACCAUCUCAAAACAUAGAUUGGCGGUGCAAUAAGAAAUGCGAAGAUAAAGUAGAAGUGAACUUAAUGAUCUGCAAGGACUGAAAAAUCGUAUUAUAUCGGCGGUCGAUAGACGGUAUUUAACGGUAUGAAAUAGACGAAUGAUUAAACCACGCGUUUAACACAAAAUACCUACUGCUGAUUUUUUCGGUACAACCUCCGAUUUAGUUUUUCAACCCUUAAUGAUUUGUUUUUGCUGGUGGGGAGAUGAUCAUCACCUAAAAUAAAAUAAGAGUGAGUGA